AUGGAAAUAGAAUAUAAAAGCAUGGCUUGCAGCAUAAUUGUGACACUCGGCCUAAUGGUGGGGCUGUCGAUGGAAAGCUUUGUGUGCAAAACAGCCAACUGUGCAUUUUUCUUAAGUUCGACACUGUUUAUCUCAAUAGUUCUAACGCUGUUCAACCUAGCACAUAUGAUGAGGGCAAAGACAAGGAUUACACCUAUCUCUGCAUACACGGGAUCUAUCAGUGCCUUGAUAGACAUCAUGAUUAUCUUUGUGUACACAAAGAUCCUCCACAUGAACUCAUUGUUCUUCUGCCUAGCCUAUCUAAUGUAUCAAGUAACAGCUUCCAUUCUGUCCUGCUUUAUUCCCUUUGGAAGCUCUGCUUUCAUGAUUUGCAUAUGUGUCAUAUUCCUCUCUCCACUAUUUGACCUGUGGUUUGUAGAAGAGCAUGGAUUCUCGAGGUCCCAGGUCCCAGACUUCAUGAGAUAUUACAUCACAAACAGAUCCAUGAAUAUAAUAUUCUUCAUUCCUAUAGUUGGAAUCAGAGUAUUGUUUGGAGAGUUUUUCGGGAGGAUUGGGGACAGAGAAUCAUCCAACUUCUUCAGCUUUUUAGCAAUGGCUGUGGCUGGGACUAUGCUAGCGUUCGUUGAUACAUCCACAUUUAAAGAAGAACUCCACAAAAUGGAUAGUGUCUUUAUUCCAUUCAUUGUAUCAAAUAGUAUUCUUGCAGGGUCUCUGAUCAUCGCCAAGUUAAAUAGAAGCAUCAACCUUCCUUCAGUGUACUCACCAAUGUCUGUGCUGUUCAUAAUAAUAUCUUCUCUGUUCUGCUCUUCUGCCAUGCCUUGGGUGUGGAAAAAGACAAUUCUGGAGCAUUCGCUGAACUCUCCAUAUCUCUUCUAUCUAUUCACAUUUUCUCUUUUCAUUCUAUAUAUAGUUAUUGUGCGUAAGGAUAGCAUUGUCUCUCGCCCCACAAGAGACGGGUUCGCACCUAGAAUGACUUGGUGGCUUUGGGGAUAG